AUGGAGUCACGCACGACCCGGGAUUCGCAGGAAGGAUAUGAUGGUCGACCCUCUGGACUUCCCAAUGGCCCACAGUCUAGGUCUCGAAUCACUACCAACGGCUCUGAGCAGGCGAAUGGAAGGAGAUAUCGGGACCCCGUCUCCCCAGCCGAGAUCUCUCCUACUUCGCUCGCCGCUGUAGCUGCAUUCCAAAGUUUCGGGAGGCGGAGAGGGACCAUCGACGAUGCAGAUGACGAGUAUGAAAUUCAGAGGCAACGAGAGAUUGAGGUGCAGAAGCAGCGACAGCAGAAGAUCAGGGAGAAGGUCCCUGGCCGACGGACCACAGGGAAGGCGAAGGCUGGAGAUAUCGACGCCGUACUGGAUGAGAUACGAGAUGAAUGGGCCAUCGUCACCGGUGACGAUUUCAAUCCAGUAGACCUAGCGCUACAGCUUUUGGAUGAGUCUUCACUUGGCAAGGACAUGGAUUCCUUUCGAAGGACAAAGGCCAUUCUUUCUCGGGCAAUGAAGGGCUCCAUCGACAAACACUAUCAGGCUUUCAACGCUGCACUCCCUCACCAUAGCGCUUUGUUGAAUCAUCUGGACGCUACACAAAAGCAAAUAGUAGAAGCUCGUAAUGCACUGCAGGAAGCGAAAGAAACUCUGGGCAGUAAACGUGGUGAUCUUGUACAGCUGUGGUCCAGGAAUCAGACGGUCGAGGAGAUGAUGCGUAUACUCGAUCAGAUUGAACACUUAAAGUCAGUGCCCGAUGCACUGGAAAGCUUGAUUCUGGAGAAGCGCUUGCUUCAAGCUGCCGGCCUUCUCGUACGGAGCCUCAAGCUGAUCAAGAAACCGGACAUGAUGGAGAUUGGUGCAGUAUCUGACCUUCGUAGCUACCUUGUCGGCCAAGAAGCGACAUUGCGAGAAAUUCUCGUUGAUGAGCUACAUGGACAUCUUUAUCUCAAGUCCUUCUGGUGUGAGUCGAGAUGGGCCAUGUAUGCACCCAAUCAACAAACCUUCUCGGACCUUGAAGACCAACAAGACGAGCCCGAGGGCAAUGGGACCGGCAGACCGUUAUCAGCCUCGUCUCCGGUGUCACCGAAUGCCCCUCGUCCUCGCGCAUCGCGCCUGGCCAAGUUUCUUGAUGAUCUCGCCCUUCGUCCCAACGACCCGCCUUUCGACGUCAAUGAUACUGGAUAUAGGAAGAGUGUAGCAAGCGGCGGGUUUUCCUUCGGAUUGUCCUCCUCACACGGCCUCGGCGGCCACUCGACGACGUCCAACACGACUCCUCGAAAUCCUGAGGCUGAUUCGUUCGCCUACAUCGAGACGCUCCUGGAAGCCCUCGCCGUUCUUGGCAAGCUCGGGACAGGCCUCGAUAUUGUUGCCCAGAAACUACCCACAGAAGUCUUCUCUUUGGUCGAGGCGACAGUCGAAGAAGUGUCCGAACGGGCUGAAUAUGGCCGACGGGGAUCUAUGGUCGGUAUGAUGGAUCCCGUUCCUUCCGAUAGGCUCGGCGCAUCUUUCCUUUCGACUCCCAUCAUCACGUCCAAUACAUUCGGUAUUGCUGGGGUGGCGAUUGUAUCAACACUUCAAGGAACAGGCAUGAACGCACGGAAAGGGGUCUUAGAUGCGACUAGCCUCCGCUUAACAGCACUGGAGGCCUCGACCAAGGUUAUUGAUCAAGAAACCUUGAGGGACUUUUUCUGGACUCUGUAUUCCAAGCUUAUCGCUGUAAGCGAAGGUCUUCGUGUCGUUUUUGAAGUUGCCAACAGAAUUGGGUCUAGGAGGGACUACAAAGACUCAUCCGGUACGAAACUGGGAUCACUAUUCCCUCUAGAAGAGGUUUGGGCGCCCAUCCAAGCGGAAAUCCGCGUGCUCUUGAGUGACUAUGUCACAGAUGAAGAGCAAGGAGCCGUCUCAGGACGAAACCCCAUCUCUUCGAUCAACGAGAUCCUUCGCGAUGGCCGCUUCAUUCGCGACAAGAUGAAGCCGAUCUUCCGGUUCGCAGACUCUGAUGCGAAAAGUGCAACGAAGACUCUACGGCAGAGUGAAGACGAGCUUACUCGCGUGCUCAAGGAUACUGUUCCGGGCCUGGUGCAGAGCUCUGAGAACGCUGUGCAGUCAACGCUUGCCGCCGUAGGCACGGACGAUCGCUUGAUGGGGACAGGACAACAUCAUAGAUUGCUCGUUCACCCAAACGCUUUUCACAUCACCAUCCUCUUCCAGCCGACGCUGGCAUGGCUCGAUCGUAUAGCUGAUAUCCUUCCAUCGGGCCUUGAUUCAGCGCGCAAGGCUAGUGCUGUUUUGGACGAGUUCGUACUCAAGGUGUAUCUGCCACAGCUAGAAGACAAGGUGUCAACGAUUUUCCACCAGACAAUCACCAGUCCAGACGCUUUCGAACCUGACCCUGCUUCGUUGGUGUUAUCGUCAAGACCGCUCGCCAAGGCAAGCGUGCAACUGAUGGCUUUGAUCAACUCGCUCUGUUCCAUGCUCAGAACCACGCCCUUCCACCGAGAGAACUACUCCCGAUUGAUCCUCACGGUUAUUGGGAAGUUUUACCAGAGGUGCAGCGACAGGUUUUCACACCUUGUCUCCGUCAAGGGAGCCACAUCCGCUGGUAGCGACGAGUCCAUGGCAACGGCCGCCCAAUGGGCGCAGAAGCCCGAGCUUGGUCCGUGUCUGACCGAACUUCUCAAGGUCCUAUCUGGUAGCCCUUCCGUUGCACCCAAAUCCCAGCUUUGUCGACAAGAAACACAUCUCGAGAGUAGUCUGUUAGGAGAAGGUGCUGUCAGCAAGGAUGACCUAGUUCCCUCCGUACGAAAUGUUUCUGCUUUGGCAAGCCUCUAUCACAGUGUCACUUGGUUUGCACACCAGCUCAACGCCCUGAAGAUGUCACCAGAGGAGGUCCUACCGCCAAAUUCCCCCCUGCAUCUGGAACCACCCAGCGCUGUAACCCCUCUCACUCCGUACCCCCCCCUCGCCGAACUCAUCCUCUACACGAUUCGUAUCGAUGUCAGAUGCCGUGCUAUUCAUCAUCUCGACCUAGCCCUCAGACAUGGUAAUUACCGCAUCGAGCAUGAAGCUGGAGAGCCGGACCCGCAUGUUGUCGAUCUUAACACAGAGAUGGGCAAUUUGGAUGCGUGCUUGAAUGCCGCACUACCAGAUGUGGAGCGCAAAUUCGUGUUCGAGGGCAUCAGUCAUCUGAUGCAGUACCUUCUGAUCGCCAACGCUCGUUUCAUACCUGCUGCCAAUGAAUGGGGCAUCAAGAAGAUGAACAGGAACAUGCUCGCAUUACGACAGAACAUCAAGAGCCUUGCUGACGACAGUGAUAGCCCACACUUCGAGCGAGCGAAGCGGUACUAUUCUCUCUUCCUGAUGACACCAUCGGAAAUGCUCGACACUGUCCGUCAGAAGCAGGAGUUUUCUUUCGACGAGUACAAGGUCAUCCUCGACCUACAAUGCGGAGUCGAGCGCAAUGCUGCAGACGGGGGUUCCCAGGCGACUGACCGCAACUACAACAUGUAUCUCAUCGAGUUGCACGGACUCGAGCUCGAGAGUUCGUCGGACGUGAGCUGA